ACCAAUCUGUUCCAAAGAUAUUUCGUACGGCAACGUGUGAACUUUAAUAUAUAAGAAGUAAUUGUGACGAACGAUUCCGUAGCGAGAUUUAAAGUUUAGUAAAUGUAUGUGGUAUGGAUUCCAUUUAAUUAACAAAAUAUAACGAUUGGUUGGCUUCGAAACCUGUCUAACCUGACAAAGUAGCCAAAAACGAAAUGGCCAAUAGCGCGCGUCUCGUGUGACUUCGCUUGUUGUGUUAUUUCAGCGUAAAUAUAUUUCUUCGAUUAUGUUUCUGAAUCCCAAUUUGAUAUUAAAAACAAGAAGGUGCUUUACAAUUUAGCGGGUCUUCGGCAAGGAAUCAUCGACAUUUCACAUUUUAGUGAAGAAGUAGUUAUUAAUAAUUAGUGACAAGGUGUAUAUUUGUAUAUAAGUGCAAUGAAUCGCGAAGAAGAAAGAAGUGAAUCGGAAGAAGAGCACGAAAAGUCUAGAAGCCCGUCUGCGGAUUCCCAAAGAUCCGCCAGAAGUAGAUCUAAAUCACACUCCCCUAGUCGUUCUCCUAGAUCCAAUCAAUCUUCGCCUGCGCAGCCAAGGUCGCCAGCUUCUGUGCGAUCCAAUGCUACUUCUAGAAAAUCAUAUUCUAGAUCGCCAUCCCAGAAUCGAUCGAUAUCGCCUUCAUCCGAUAAAAAUCAAAGGCUGUCUAGAUCCAGAUCGAAGUCUGCCGAUAGAAAAAGUGCUUCGAAGUCGCCUUCUAAAUCUCCAUCACCGGAACGAAAUGGGAAAAUUGUACAAAGUGAAUCGCAAUCACCACACUCGAUGCGUUCAGCAAAAUCACCAUCGAGAUCAAGAAGCUCUUCGUUGGAAGAAUCCAGAAGAAGUUCUAAUCCAGCGUCUCGGCAAAAUUCGCGCUCUAGAUCUAGAUCUACGUCGGCUAAACGAAGUAAUCCGCCAUCCAAGUGCUCUUCCCCGAAAAUGAACUCUCCGUUGGGUUCCAGAUCUCCUUCGCCAUCUGUACAUUUUAAAUCACGUUCCCGGUCAAACACUCGUUCUCCUUCCGGUUCCCCAAAAGUGGCUGCUAGAUCACGUUCUCGGUCAAGCUCUCGUUCUCCUUCCGGUUCCCCGAAAGCGUCUGUUAGAUCUCGUUCUCCAUCCGGUUCACGAAGAUCUCGAUCUCGGUCUCUGUCGGGAAGUCCACGGCCAAAAUCACACAGUAGAUCUAGAUCUCCUUUAGACGACAAAAAACUAUUACAUUCGCCAUCUCCAUCCUGUAUUAAGACUUCUCGAUCCCGUUCGAGAUCAAAAUCCCAAUCGAUAGAUGGAUCGAGGAAAGGUUCGCCCCAUUCACGAAAAGGUUCCCGUUCAAAAUCACCUGCGAACUCUCUGGAUGGAAACCAUAAAUCGAGAUCCCGAUCUAGAUCGGGCUCAGGAUCAAGAAAACAGUCGCCUGCGGUAUCUCGAAAGGGAUCUAUAUCCAGAUCACCUUCCGCGGAACUUCAAGUUUCGUCGCGUUCGAAAUCAAGGACACCAUUGGGUUCGAGGCAAGGAUCGCGAUCUAGAUCACGCUCAAAGUCUGUCUCGAGACAUGGAUCGCGAUCUAGAUCGCACUCGAAGUCUGUUUCGAGGCAAGGAUCGCGGUCUAGAUCACGCUCGAAAUCUGGUUCAAGAAAAUCGGUUUCGAGGCAAGGAUCGCGAUCUAGAUCGCGCUCAAAAUCUGGCUCCGUGAAAUCGAUUUCAAGACAAGGAUCGCGAUCCAGAUCACGUUCAAAAUCUGGCUCCAGAAAAUCGAGAUCGUUGUCGGGAUCACGGAAAGGAUCGCAGUCUCCCAUUUCAAGAAAAAGUUCUCGAUCGAGAUCUAGCUCAAGAUCGUCUAAAUCCAGAUCUGGAUCUCGUUCCAGCUCAAAAGCGUCGCGUUCUAGAUCGCGUUCGGGAUCUCGAUCGAAAUCAAGGUCGAGAUCAAAGUCGCGAUCAAAAUCUAGAUCACGAUCAAGAUCACAUUCGGGUUCGCGAUCGAAGUCAAAGUCGCGUUCUAAAUCGCGAUCACGAUCACGAUCAAGAUCAAGAUCGGGCUCGAUCGCAGCAUCUAGACAUUCCUCCAGAUCGAAGUCUCGAUCGAAAUCAAGGUCUCGUUCGGCAUCGAAAUCAAGAAGAUCCAGAAGUCGCAGCGAGGAUUCUGAAACUGCUAUCAAAAAAAGGAACAGAGUUCUGUCUGACUCCGAAGAAGAAGAUAAUGGUGUUAAGGCAACGAAGAAAUCAAAACACGGAUUAUCUGAUUCGGAGAAUGAAGGUAACGAUGAUGUAGUAGUGGAAAAGAAGGACGAGGAUGAACAGGAUGAAGAAGGAGAGAAUAAACAGCUUGGAGAUGGUGCACCUACUGAACGACAGGAGAACGAAGAUUCCGAUGACGGAAUUAUCGCAGAUGGCGGACUGAAUAACAGAUAUCUAAAUGAUGCUUUGUCGGACUUCGACCGUAUGUUGGUCCGUAAGAAAGAAGAACAAUCACGAAGACGUAAAAGGAAAGAUAUUGAUAUAAUUAACGAUAACGACGAUAUUAUAGCGCAACUUUUGUCCGAUAUGAGAACAGCAUCGGACGAGGAUAGAAAAUUAAAUCAACAAAACAAACCCGCAACUAACAAAAUAGCUAUGUUACCGAAAGUAUUAUCGCAACUUAAAAAGCACGACCUGCAAUUGGCUUUUUUGGAACAUAAUGUAUUGGCAGUUUUAACAGACUGGUUAGCCCCGAUGCCCGAUCGAUCUUUACCCUCGUUAAAAAUUAGAGACAGUCUGUUGAAGCUUUUGUGGGAAUUUCCAAGAAUUGAUCAGGGAUCGUUGAAACAGUCUGGCAUUGGUAAAGCUGUAAUGUAUCUUUACAAACAUCCUAGAGAAACCAAAGAGAACAAAGAACGUGCAGGUAAAUUGAUAAAUGAAUGGGCACGUCCUAUAUUUAAUUUGUCGGCUGAUUUUAAAGCGUUGUCGAAAGAGGAACGAAUGCAAAGAGACUUGGAACAAACGCCCCAAAAGAGAAGAAAAAUUGAAGACGGUAGUUCUUCUCAAAAGUCACAAGACAUUAAUAAAGCUUUAAAAGGAGACGCCAAGCCAUUGAGACCCGGAGACCCUGGAUGGGUUGGAAGAGCCAGAGUUCCUAAACCAUCCAAUAAAGACUACGUCGUAAGACCAGAUUGGAAAUCUGACAUUGACAUUAGUAGGCAGAGUACUAAGAAACAAAUGAACAGAUUUGAGAGGCACAUGAAGAAUUAUAUAGAUAAUAAAAGGAUAAAAGCAACUAGAAGAGCUGUAGAUAUAUCCAUCGAAGGGCGCAAGAUGUCUUUAUAAACAAUUUUUUGACCCAUACAUAAAAAGUAUUGUAUAAUAUUUACAAGCACUGUGUAACUAUAUCAAUAAUUUCCCUGUAUUAAA